AUGGCAAACUUGUUUUGUCAGUUUAGCUAAUGUUCUUCUGCUUAACAUUUAGCAGGUGCAUUCAGGACAGUGCUGCUUUCCUGUUAUUCUCAAGUUUGUAGAGAUCUCAUCUUGUGAGAACAACAAAGUCAAACAUGGAACGAAUUAAACAACAAAUCAGAGAUCUGACAAAGAGCGACCCUGCAGCUGCAGCAAGAAAGAUCAAUCAAUAUUUAGAACAGAUAGAUGAUAUUCAACUCAACAUUGGCAUCACAGGAGAAACUGGCUCUGGCAAAUCCUCAUUUGUAAAUGCCUUUAGAGGGAUAAAGAACAAGGAUAAGGAAGCUGCACCUGUUGGUGUUAAAGAAACCUCAAAAGCUGUUGGACCAUAUUUCCAUCCAAACUACCCAAAUGUCAUCUUAUGGGAUCUUCCAGGCAUUGGUUCGACCACGUGGCCAACAGAUGAAUAUGUGAAUAAAAUUAAGUUUGACACGUUUGACUUCUUCAUCAUCGCCUCAGACACUCUCUUUAGGGAAAAUGACAUGAAACUUGCUAAGGAGAUCCAAAAAAUGGGGAAAAGGUUCUAUUUUGUUCGCACAAAGAUCGACCAAACCUUAACCAACGAGGAAGAAAAUGAGGGAAACUUCAAUGCAGAAAGAACUUUGGCUGUUAUCAGAAAAAGAUGCAUUCAAGGUCUUCAGGAACAAGGAUUUGAAGAUCCACCGGUCUUCCUACUGUCAAACAAUGAGUGGCAGCAGCACGAUUUCCCUCGCUUACAUGAGACCUUUAGGAGAGAGCUAUUUGAUCUCAAGAAAUAUGCACUGCUGUGUGUCAUGGCUGCCAUACACCUGGAAGUCACAAACAAUAAGAAGGAGACUUAUAAAGCUGAAAUAAAGUAUUAUGGUGCUGUAUCUGCACUUGGAGCAGCUGUUCCAAUUCCUGGGCUUUCAGUUGCUUUUGAUAUUGGCAUGAUAGUUAAAGCUGUUAAAGAGUAUGUUACAGGUUUUGGUCUUCAUGCUUCAUCACUGCAUAGACUAGCUACUAGCACAGGCGUACCAUACGAUGAUCUGAGUUUUAGUAUCCAGUCAGUUCUUGCUAAGGGAGAAGUAACUGGAGACGUCAUCCUGAAGCUGUUGACCCAACUUGGAAGCACAUCUGUUUUAUUAGCAACAGAGGAAUGGACCCGGUACAUUCCAUUUUUGGGAAUCCCCAUAGCAUCAGCCCUUUCCUUUACAGCUACACACAGAGCUCUGAAUUUCUUCCUUGAUGAGCUUGCUAGUGAGGCAAAUAAGGUUUACAGGCAAGCUCUGGGGUUAAACAGAACCUAAUGGGGAGAGUAAAUGUCAUUUCAUCACACAUUAAUUCAUUUUGUUGAAGAAAAGGCAUUUGACUACCUCCAAAAUGAAUAUAUAUAUCACACAAUCAUAAUCUGGCUGCACAUCUUGAUUGUUUUUGAAAAUAUUUUAUUCUUUUAUAUUGCUUUGUUACAGCGUUAAUUUCUUCUAAUUUGCUUCUCAUGUUGGAAUGCUUUUACUCCACUACUCUGUGAAAUAAUGAGAAAAUAUUUCUAUUUUUUGAUGAAUAUUUAAUGAAGGAAUAAACAUGAACAAUUUUACAGUUUAGAGUGAUUAUGCUGAAAUACAACCACAUCUAAGAAUAUUCCCCCAGUGUGUUCGUGUUGCUAGAAGAUGAAGCUAUCGGUAUCAAAAUAUAAUAGGUCUGAGUAAUUAAACAACUCCAAACAUAAAUACAUCAAAUUUUAAUCUAUACACUUCUUGUUGACUAGGAAUUUGUCAUGAUGUCUGGGUGUUUGGUGUUUUUUGUUGUGGGGUUUUGUGUUCCAUGGAUUCCCCAGGCUGGGAAUUGAAUCCAGGACCUUCUUGCAGCAAGGCAACAGUGUUGCCACUGUGCAGCCCCAUGUCAAUAUUAAAUACAAGAAAAUUACGAAAUGCUUGUGAAGUACAUAGAUAAAAUGUUGACUAAAAUCUGCAAAUGAUUUACUAAUCUUGAAAGCAAAAUGAUCUAAGUUUUACUGGUUAUAUGUAAAUUAAUGAUCAGCUCUAUUAUUCAGUGUGUUACUGCUGAAUCUAAAACAAAUACUGUAAAUAAUAUUGUAUAAUUUAAGAUGAAUAAAUGUCUUUGCCUUCCUUA